UUUCUUUCGUUAGGAUGAAGUUGCAGUUCGUAUUCUUGUUAUGUGUGUCGGGGAUACACAGCGCCAACAUUUUAAUGAUCCAACCGUUUCCCUCAUACAAUUUUUUCAACUUAAUUUUUCGUUUGGUUAAGGAGCUAGCUGACCGACAACACCAGGUUACGUUCAUUUCGCAGUUUCCUAACAAUGACUUGGAAAAAAAUUAUGAAUUUAUAUUCGUGCAAGAAUCAUUCGAUCAAAUGAAAGGAUUUUGGAAAAAACUUGUCGACUUUAAAAAUAAGGGCACUAUUGAGAGAACAUUGAAUGAUUUUGACCGGGGGCUUAAACAAACCGAGGCUGUGUUAAAAAAUUGUGAAGUACAAAGAUUGUUAAACUCUGCGCGACAUUACGAUUUGGUGAUUGUUGAGCACAGUUUCAACGAAGCUGCUAUUGGGAUGGGGUACCACUUUAAUGCCCCAGUGGUCGUGCUGGCUCCCUCUGGACUCAAUUUCCGAUUUUACCAUCUCGUUGGAGCUCCGGCUCCUUCGUCCUACGUGUUGGAUGCUUUCAGUGUCCAAACCCAACUCGACACGUUCUGGGACAGGCUGAACAAUUUUAUCAUGAGCAAUUUUUUGGAAUUUCUAAGAACAACAAUGCAUUUGCCCAAACAAAACCAGUUAUUUCAAAAAUAUUUUAAAACUGAAGUUGAUCUAGACACGAUCAUGUACAAUGUCAGCCUUAUGUUAAGCAAUAGUCAUAGUACUGUCUACAAUGCCGUGCCAUAUGUUCCUGCAGUGAUAAACAUCGGUGGUUAUCACGUGAAAUCACCAAACGGACUUCCUGAAAAUCUGAAAAAUUACCUCGAUAAUGCCAGAAAUGGUGUCAUUUUAUUUUCAAUGGGAUCGAGUAUGAAGAGCAAAGACAUGGAUCCGAAAAUACACAAACUGUUCAUUAACGUCUUCUCAAAACUUAAGGAAGACGUUGUUUGGAAAUUUGAAAGUGAUUUAGAGAAUAUUCCCAAAAAUGUGAAAACAUUUCAGUGGCUACCACAGCAGGAUGUUUUAGCACAUCCCAAUGUUCGGGCAUUUAUAACACAUGGAGGCCUUUCAAGCUUAAUCGAAGCUGUUUAUUUUGGAGUUCCGGUAGUAGGUCUGCCGUCUUUCGCCGACCAAGAAAGCAAUAUGGCCGUGGCUGUGACAAGGGGGUAUGGUAUAAGAGUCGACAUGAAAGACAUAACAGAAGAUAAUUUAUAUAAAGCCUUACAAGAAAUACUAAAUGAACCAAAGUACAAACAAAAUGCUAUAAAAAUGUCAAAACUGAUGCACGAUCAACCCAUGAAACCCAUUGAUUCCGCUAUUUACUGGAUAGAAUAUAUAAUUCGUCACCGAGGAGCUCCAUAUCUUAGGUCGCCUGGUCUCGACCUUGCGUGGUACCAAAGGGAAAUGGUUGACAUAAUCUUUUUCCUAAUGGUGGUUGCUGCUGUGCUUUUUAUUACGAUUUUUAUUGUCAUUCGAAACUUAUUUCAGUUAGUAUACAAACAAAAAUUAAUAAUUGUAAAGAAGGACAAGAAAAGAAAUUAAUUUAAAAACAUCACAAAAAAUCUCGAUGUAUUUAAUCUAAUUUUUGCAAUAGAUUUGAGAAAAAUAA